AUGGAAGAAAUCAGAGCUCGUCGUUUGUCAAUUCAAACAUCUGAAGGAGAAAUUAAAGUAUGCAAAGAUUUGGAGGAUGUACCAAUUGAAGAACUGCCUGAUGGUCUUAUGUACUUAUUCAACUUCAGAUAUUUAAGUUUGAGUAGAACUUCAAUUAAAAAACUUCCGGAAUCCACCAUAGGACAGCUUUGCAAUCUUAUAACCUUAGACAUCAGCGACACAGAGAUUGAUACACUUCUUUAA